GAGGGAGGCCAUACUGACUGUGAGCUGCGAGGGAAAGGAAGCCACACUCGCUAGUUCCGCAAUAAAAAGCACCGUUCGGACUCGGUAACACGCUGAGCGGGUCCGGCAGGGUGCACGACAGUCUGCCCAGGAAGUGUUCGGGUGCAGGUACGGAGCCAGCGAACGCUCCGUGAUGAGUUCAGACCUGAAGCACCCAGAGAACCACAUCAGACCACAAUAGAUCCGACCAGACCAGGUUGAGCCCAGUCACCGAACCCCCAUCUUCCCCUCUCCCCCUAGCCCCAGCCUUGCAGGCUGCAUCCAGGCAGCACUUGGCGAUUGUCUCAUUUAGCAGUAAUUUAUUGUGCUGAUCAAACAAACUCAUACCGCUGGGACCAGACAGGAGGCCCAGAGGUUCCCCCCGCUGGAGCUCUAAGCUGUGCCUGGCGAUGCCUCAGCCCAGCGUCAGUGGGAUGGAGCCUCCCUUUGGGGACGCCUUUCAGAACUACUCGUUUGCUGACCAGGCCCUGACCAGCACUGAGCUGCUCGCCACUAGCUCCGACCCAGAUUUCAUGUACGAACUGGACAGAGACAUGACCCACCGACAGAGCCCCUGUGGGGACAGCAUAGUGGGGGUCGGGGAUGGAGGAAAGGAGGUGGAGGGCUGCGUGGAUCAGCUUAUGGGUCUGGGCGAGUGUGAGACAGUCUACAGCAGCUCAGCGUUCGAACAGUGGGACUCCUACUGGGAAGACCUCACCAGAUAUACACGGCUGGCCAGCUGUGACAUCUGGGGAACCAAAGAGGUAGAUUUCCUUGGAUUGGAUGACUUCUCUAGUCCCUACCAGGAUGAGGAAGUGAUUGGUCGAACCCCGACGCUGGCUCAACUCAACAGUGAAGACUCGCAGCCUGUGUGCGAGGUGCUCUACCCCCCCGGUGACCUGACGCUACCAGCCCCCCAGAUUCAGCCUCAGCCAUCCCAGCUUCCCUGUCACAGUAAGAGACCCCUGGUCCCUGGCCAAGGAUCGGGCCCCAGCUUUGCACGGCCCUCUCCAAGCUCCACAUCCUCUUCCCGUCCUUCCCGCAGCCUUCUCCCAGACUUUCCCGAAGGCUCCCAAAAAGCCACCAGACCUAUCCCCUCCAGCACCGAGACCAUGGCCAAAACCCAGAACCUCCUCAGUCCCACCCAGGACUAUGGUCAAGCUCAAGCCAAGCCCCAGGGACGAGGAACCAAGAUGGCUGGCCCAACUUCUCACAGCUCGGACUUUGUGCGGAAGGCCAAAGUCCGUGUGACUGCUGUGCAUAAAACUCAGCCCGACAAGCCCUCCCAGACAGAUUUUGAGAGGUCAGAGGCCCCUCUACCUCUCUCCCAGCCCCAGGACAAGAAGGCUUCCACUUUGACGAGUGCCACCUUGGUUGGGCUUCCUGAUGCUACCGCAAGUGGCUCCGGCAUCCUGGCAAGCUUUGAGAGGAGGGCCGAGGGAACAGUGAAGAGAGAGAUGCCUGUAGGCUGGCCUGCCACCGUGCCUCAUCUUGUGGAGGCGAGCCAGGCCCUGGAGGGCAGCACCUCUGGGCUGGCCAGUGGUGGCGGCGACAGUGUGGCAGGGGCCAGCGGCGGCAGCGUUCUUGCCGAGGGCACAGAGAAGAGCAAGGAGGAGGAACACAACUACUCUCUGUUCCUGACCCGUAGACUGGCUGGCAGAGCCCACUCUCAGCUGGAGGCAGACGAGGAGGAGGAGGAGGAAGACGAGGAAGAGGCGGAAGAGGAGGACGGCGAUGGGCUGGAACUAGAUGAUGAAGACCAUGAUGAGGGUUUUGGCAGCGAGCACGAGCUUUCAGAGAAUGAGGAGGAAGAGGAUGAGGAGGAGGAUGAAGACUAUGAAGCAGACAAGGAUGACGACAUGAGUGAUGCCUUCUCCGAGCCUGGUUGUGACAUGGAGCUGAUGGAGGACAUUAAAGGCCUGACAGCAGGAGUCUCCAGCCGGAAGCGAGGCAAGCGCCGCUACUUCUGGGAGUACAGUGAACAGCUCACCCCCCCCAAACAGGAACGUAUGCUUAAGCCGUCUGAGUGGGACAGACACACGCUGCCUAGCAACCUGUACCAGAAGAAUGGGCCUCUCCAUGGAAAAUAUAUGCUGAAGAAAUCUCGCCGCACGGAUGUGGAAGAUCUGACUCCCAAUCCACGGAAGCUGCUGCAGAUCGGCACCGAGCUCCGCAAACUGAACAAGGUGAUCAGCGACUUGACCCCCGUGAGCGAGCUGCCGCUGACCGCACGACCGCGGUCCCGCAAGGAGAAGAACAAGCUGGCAUCGCGAGCUUGCCGUUUAAAAAAGAAGGCCCAGUAUGAAGCAAACAAAGUGAAGCUCUGGGGACUCAGCACCGAGUACGACCGCCUGUUGUUUGUGAUCAACACCAUCAAAGAGGAGAUUGUGGCCCGGGUAGAGGACUCUUCUCCGCGUCCAACCAACAUGACUGACACUCUGGAGCAUCUCAUCCAGGAGACACUUGUGACAUCACCAGUUGCCGGACAUACUUCCGACUUCGUCAACAAGAUCUUGGAUAACACAGGACGUGGGGAUCCCACCGGCGGAUUGGUCGGCCUGCGAGUCCCCACCUCCAAAAUCUAGACAAACCGCGGUCCACUGAGAGGAGUGGACUAAAUAUUACCACCGUGCUGUCCCAUUGUAACUAUGCUCCCCUCUGCAUGCCCCUCCAACCCAGAAUACAUACACAUUGUUAGUCACACAAACACACAUACCACUCCGUGUGUAUGUAUGUGUGCUUGUUUAAGCCAUGCACCUGUAUGGCAUACCCCCUAGCUUUCUGUCUCUGCACACACGCAGAGACAGCGCGUCACCGUCUCCCAAACCAUCGUGAGCGUCUGUAGGGAAAAGCGCCUCUUAAAGCAAGGGAUGGUUAGGUGUAUAGCUAACAGCACGCUCUAAAUCCACUGGUGAUUAUUAGAUGUGUUUUAACAUAGCAUUGUGUAAGGUCGGUUCUGUUGAAGGUUUGCCUCCAGGGCUGAGACAGAGACAGUCAUAAGAGUGUAACCACUGGAAUACUUUCACACAAUUUGUUUGAGCUUCUAAUUAUUCUAAAGAAUUGUUACAUGCCAGACACCAUCACAGAUUGAACAAGUUCCAGUUAUCAUUUACUAGACGAGGUUCACCUUACACAUGGCAACAAAAAUUAACUCCAGUUAAUUGACCCACUCAGUAAAGUACUUUGAUAAAAAAACUAUUUUGGUUGCCAAGACAGCUGCAGAGAAAAAAGAAGCAGCGCGGCGUUUCGGGGUGGCAGGAAAUAUUUUGUAUUGAAGGCCUAAAUAUGUUCAUGCCAUCCCCUGUUUGCCAAUCAGGAGUUAACUUUUAGCACAUAGAAACUCGAAACAAAGAACAAGUAGAAGCUGAAAGUUAAAAUGAGACUUAAGCGACCGACAUCCUGCUGGGCAGGCAGGACGAAGCUUAAUUUAGACGACGUUAAACAACAGGAGGUAGUUGUCCAUGCGGAGAGGAAGUGCAUGUGGUUUGGUGCUUUUUGGCCUUGUGCUGGUUAUAACUGGACUGGGUGAAACAGGCAUUUUUUGCCAGUAUGGGAGCAUCUGUGAGGAAGAUGGUGGUGGUGGUGAAAAUGGCAUAAACAGUGAUCCAUCUCCUCUAGAAAACUGUACAUACAAAGUGUCUCCCAGAUGGAAAGCGGCACCGGCUUCCCUUUUUUGUACAGAGAUGAUCAGGCUAACAGUUUGGUGUGUUCAUACUAGUGUUUGAUCAGAGUUCUAUUCAUUGUGCCUUGUGUAUGUAUGUGUGUGUGUGUGAGAGGUGAUCAGAACUCCCUGAGGUCCAGCCAAGGAGAGGACUGCUUUACACUGAGGGAGAUUGUUAGUGAAUGUGAGGAGGGAGACACCUGUGGGGGGUUUGUUGAUUUCAGUAGUCUGAAGAUAUUCUGAAUGUACAUAAAAGAUAUGGAAGCUCUCGUUGCUCGAUGCCACAGAGUCUGUGUAUAUAGGAGGGCUCUGCAAUAGAUUACUUUUGGUUUUUGGUACUCUGUCUUUAGGGGUCGGGGAGGGAAAACAGAUAUUUUCCUUUAGAGUUACAAAAAAAAAUAUUUGCACACUAUAUUUUGAUUGUUUUUUGUACCAAAGACACAUGCAACGAAAUGGCGACCAGCCAGUUAAAGUAAGGUUUUGCACAGCUUACCUGACGCCGUAUUGAAUGUAAGAAAUGUGGGAGGGUCAGGGAACUUCAGUGAACUGUGAAAUUAGCUUGGGUCCAAUUCUGUACAGAAAAGGAACAUUCAUUCUGUUUUUGUUUUUGUUUUUUUUAAUCUAAAAUUUUACCCCAUCUACGGGCUCCUCCAGUAGAUCUGUUGCUUAGCAAGCACUUCAUUCCUGAACUGAUUCCUCCCUCCACGUGCUAACUGUGUUAAUGGCGCAAUCUAGGACGAAAAGCCAAGAGCGCUAAGUAGAUAAGCUAUGUUACAUUUUUGCUUGUUUGUCAAAAUGUCACCAACAAAUAACCAAAAUGUUUUGUUCCUGUGUCACUUGUUUGAUUUGUAUGUAGAUGAGGUCUAGUUCAACAAAAUAUUAACUGAAUUGUGUUUUCAAGUACUGUAUAUAGAAGCAUUAAUGAUAUAUAUCAAUGGUGAAAUGCCACUUUUCAUGACAAUUUAUUCAUUUUUAAGCAUGACACAUUUCUAAAGCCUAUCGUUGCAUUGAGAAAGUUAGAGGAAAAAAACAAACACAAAAACCAAAAAAAAAAAAGUUCUUGUUAUAUUUUUGUACUUUAGCUGCCUGAUAGCUUUCCUGUUGGUUUGGAAGUAUUUGUCUCCCAGUGGAGAGAAGGAGAGGUGGAGGACGAGAGGAGACAAGUGUUUAAAGAGCAGAUGCUAUGAUAUAUAAACUGACAUGUGACCCCUCUGCUCUCAUUUGCCGGCUGAGUGAAAUGACAGAGAAUCAGGACUGGAUUUAUUUAAAACACAAUGCAGUGAAGUCACGGUCUACUUUGAAUUCUCUAUAAAGAGAAUGAGGACAUGCUGGCUGUAGCGAGGACAGGGAUCGGUCCAGGAGUGUGAGAGAUGUGAGGGCAGAUGAGGAACCAGCUGCAGUGUUGUCACAGAUGCUGUAAGAAAGCCAAAGCCAUCAUAUUUUUGUCCCAGACUGAUCUGGAUUCAGCACUGUGCAUUGUCAUUUAGAUUUUCACAUAUAUUCCCUCUCUAACCAUGAAGUCGGUUGAAUUUUCCAUUUCCUGGGACUGAUAUUUGCUCCCUUUGAGGAUGAAUUGCUAAAUUUUAUCUGCCUGGCUUUCCCUCCGGUCCUGAGCUUACAUCUUUAGUGAUUGGUCACAGCCACAAAGAAUGACUUCGUUCACCUAAACACACAGAGUUACAAUAUCCAGGCCACAAAUCGGUCGCAUGUCCAACCUUUAAAAAAAAUGCAUGAUGCAUGUAUGCUUGCCUCCCUGUCACCUCCACAGAGGAAACGCUGCCAUUCCUAGGAAGUUUAAAAUUCAACCAGAAUUCCGAGAAAAAACUAAGUGUUUGUUGUGGUUGAUUUCUGAGUGUGCUCCUUCACAGAAUGAACUCUGAUGUCUGAUAAUGGUGAUGCAGAGCUGCCGUGUUCUGUAUCGUGUGAUUGAAUAACAUUGAGAUAUAUAUAUAUAUAUAUAUCUUUUUCUUUCUUUCUUUUUUUUUUUUUUUACUGUUUUCUGUCUAAAAAGGGAGAAAUGGUGCUUUUUUCUGAAACUAGAAUGAUGAGUAUCCAUGAUUCUUGUUUGACUUCUUAGUCUAGUUGUAGCCUAAUGACUUGCCCUCCCCAACCGUCCAUAGCUAUUUUCUUAGUAGUGAUUCAUUUUUGUAAAUAGACUAUAAGUUAAUAUGUAUCUUCUAAAUGUUAGAUAUAUGUAUAGAAUACUCUAUCUUAUAUGUUUGAAAACAAAAGCACUUUGUCCAAAAAAGGAAAAAAAAAAAAAAAAAAAAAAAAAGAAAAGCAUUUUUUCUUCCAUUUGCUGCUAAAAGGCCUGGUGUGAAAGCUGCAAGUGUACCUGAUGACUACUUGCUAGGAUAGGUCUAUUACCUGACUUGGCUAGGUCUCUAAACUAGCAAGGAAUGGGUGUAUGACCUGGCGAGGGUUUGAUCUACAUGAUUCUGGAGCCAUGUAAUGAUAUGAGGGGUUGCUUGAGAGCGUAUCAUUCCUUGGCUUUGGGAAGCCCAGUGUCUUGACAGGAUACAUCUAUUUCCUGGUCAGGGGAUAGUGUGUUUGUGGUCUUAAAAAAAAAGAGGGUUUUGAUUCCAGGGCCCCUACUUUGAUCCUGAUGCUGACCCCCUUGGCGUCUUGAUUCAUUUGCCUUCAGUAGAGGUUUCCUAUGGAAAAACUGAUUCUGCUUUGGCUUCCUCUUCAGGGUGAUGUACAGUGUAGACACAUUUCUCCAGAGAGCUAUAUUGUUAUCAUUUGUAAACUGAUUUCUACUUGUGACUUAAUGAGGAGGGGUUUAGCCUGAGGCGGCCAGGAAGAACCUGUUUGAAAGACGUUGUUCCAGGCCGCCUUGGGGGAAGUUACUAUAUCACUGUACUGUAUGGCAAGCCAAUUACAAAUGGAGACUCAAUCCGGACACUUAUUGCCUUCUUAAAUAACUUGCAUCCAAACAAAAACAAUAACAUGGCAGACAUGUCAGUUGCCGAGGGGAGUGCCAGAGGUUUCCGACAUUGUUCGGCCAAUAUACGGUCAACAACAACAACAACAACAAAACCAUUCAGCCUGAUUGGCUCAAAACAACCUUGACUGAAGUAGCAGACGUGGUGAAAUAUAUAUAUGAAAAAUGGCUUCAAAGAUCUGAAUUCCUCAUGCUUAGUUGUAUCUUUUGUGACAAUGUUUGAAGCGUUUUUUCAGCUACAAUUUUCCCAGGUCUGGUAGGGGGUCAACAGUGGUAAAAGGGCCACUGGUUGACGGAGAGUAGAUCUGUUCAGCGGUUCGGCUGACGAGAAGCAUGUGUGUGUUUUGUUGUCGAUCACGAGGCUGGUUCAAGAAAGAGUCCUCACAGGUUUUUACAUUUAACAUGAUAGGCGCAAGCUGUGCAACUUUACAUCCGAACCAGGAGACUCUGUGGCAUUUUAACAGUCAAGGAGUGAGUGAAAAAUCCACGCCAGUAAAACUAUUCCUUAUUCUUUUUAUUUCUGAUGACAUAAAUCCUAUACAGUCAACUAUUAAGCUAAUAGAGUGUGUAACUUUGUGCUACUCUUGUCCAAUAAAAGCUAAGUGGAUCCAUAAAAGCUCUUCUUCAGCAAAUCAGGGUAUUAUCGUUCUUCUAUCUGACAUAUGUGAUGACAUAUAAAAUCAAAAGAAAAUAUAUUUAUGUAUUCCAAUUAUUGUCGCCAUUCUUUACUCUGUACAAAAUAUUUUGUGUAUGUGUGUGGGUGUGUGCGUGUGUGUGUGAGUGUGUUAGGAAUUAUCAAUGUCAAUCAAUAUAUAGUGCAAUGCUCUCUACACAAACUGAAAAAAAGGCCAACAGACUUGUCACAAGAAUUCACAGUUUCUCUGCUUGCUCUGAAUCGGUAUUCAAACAUACAGAAACGACCACAUUCUCCUCUCAUGAAAGGAUUUGAUGCUGAUUUCCAGCCGUGAUCCAACUGGGGUUUGUCACAUGGUGCUGUUUACUUUUCAUGAUCCCAGAAAUAAUCCAAGAAUUACAAAUGGCAUCUGUAUUCAGACCUAUUCAUAAAUAACAUUUAAAAAUGCUCAGUAACAGGCCGGACUUCCCUGUUGGGCCAAUCAGAGGAGGAAUCACACUGAUUCUUCCUCCAGACAACAACAGAAUGGCCAUUUCUGUAUUAUUGACAUGUAUGAUCAUUAUUGUUGAGCAUACCAUUAUUUCUUUUGUAAAAGUCAGACUUCUGGAUUUGAUACCACAGCCCAAAAUCAGAGGAUCUUUAAUCUGUCAUUUUCAAAUCAUUUCAAACAUGUUUCCUUGAAAUAACCUCAUAUUUUGGAAAUCAGGAAAAUAGAAUGCAAUUGAUACACUUUCAGUUAAUGAACUGCAUUUUUAUUGAGUGCAAAUCAGCUGAAUAUGCCAAUUUUUUCUACAUUCACUCAAAACUGUAUUCUUCUGUAAACUUCACAGACACUGCAGUUCUCCUCAGCUCUGUUUUAGUGUCUUUCAGCUCAUUGUUUUGGUUUUCCAAAACUUGACUUUUGGUUCAGUCUCGUGGCAUUAGACAGACACAGUCAGUGACUAGCUGGUGAACAAAGCAGAGCAUUUAGCAGGUGUCUCAGUGGAGACCAAAAACUGAACAAUAUUGGAUUUACAUUUAUUAGAAACAAGACUUCAAAUGUUUGCUAACAUGUUCAAGUGUCACAGCAGUUCUUUCAAGAAUAUUUCUAUUUUUGUCAUUUGUAGCAGAAUACAUACAUGUUGUUUCCAAGAAACUUCUUUGGAGGUUAGAAAAUUACAGAUCUGUUAGAUAAACGUUAUCAAUAUUCUUAUCUUAAUAGAUUGGGUUUGGGGGGGUACAGCAUGGCACAUGGCCGCUGGCUGUGAUGUCAGAUCUGAAAGUCUGGCUUUGAGCUUCCUUCGAAGCAUUUCAAAUGUUUUCUGUCUUGUUUCUGUACAAACAUCUUCAGAGGCUGAAUUCUUACUCUCCUCUGCCCACGUUUUUGCCUGUGUAAAUUAGAUACAAACAGAUGUGAAGUUUGACUAAAAAACGCAGUGGCGAUUAUGUUUCUGCAUGUGGAUUCCCUGCAUAGCACUGAGAGAAUCAAGUGACCUCUGUUCUUUGCAGAUUGGGAAAUGAGUUGACCAAUCAUCAGAAAACAUCUCCGUUGUCACAGAGGUCGCUCACUGUCCUCUCAGUUGAAUGAUUUCAGAAUUGCUGCUAUUGAAUGAGCACAAGAAUUUUAGAUUUUGGGUUUUAGUGUCGAUGACACACACAGUAUAUUCCACACACCCUGUUUGAUUUUCACAUUUCUCUCUGCAGUCAAAAAACCAACAGUGUUACUCACUUUGCACUUGGUUUUUACAUAUACAAGGAAAAAAAACUACUUUGAAUAUGAUGCCUGCUAAACCAGGUGCCUUAAUCAGAUAUAUGAGAACACAAAUCUGCACCUUCUGUCAGUCUGGAGGGGGUUUCCCUACAGAAACAGGGGGCUGGGUUUCCCAAAACCUAAACUUGAAGUACGAAAAUGAAACAAACCUCAUUUUAACCCUAAAAGAAUCCUUUCUGUAAAAGAAUUAGCCUUUGACAGCCCAUGAGAGCUGUUUGUCAUGUAUGGAUAGAGAGGAAUCCCUUUUAAAGCAUUACUAAGAAGAGCAGAGAUGACAACUUGUAAACUAAAUUGAUGUCGUUUUGGGAAACCUGGUUCCGUUUUUAUCUCUUUCUCUGCCCACUACGCCACGUUAUUGUGUUUUCUGUAUUGGCUGCUGCUGCUAUCACCGCUGGUGUGUCUGUGUAGAGAAGAGCAAACUUCCACUGUGUCUGAGGCAGAGGGAGACUUUGGGCCUGCUUUUUACCUUGUCAAUUACAAUGUGUUCUUCUGUGGUUUCGACAUGGAGCACCAUGUUGCUGCCUCUUGACCUUUUUGAGAAAGAAAAAAAAAACAACAAAAAACUUUUAAAAAAAAAGGAUAAAACAGAAUUUUCCGUUUCUUAACUUUGCUAUUAUGAAGUGCCAGACCCUCCUUGAAGUCAGUGUUGUAGUCACUGAGUUGUAGGUUGCGAAUGAAGCAACAAACUGAGCAUGGAGGUAAACCGUGGUGCUAAUCUGUCUGUGGCUGGGUGCUAACAUGGCUGUGUUCAAAAGCUGUAUUAGCCAUAUUAUUCCUUCUGUUGAUGACUCUGGUCCAUCUCGUGUUUCUGACUGCUGCACUGCUGUAUGCUGAUAUAGCGAGGUAUAACUCUGCUUCUGCUGCUUUGCUGAUGAAUGUAGACUAGUCUUCCUCAGCAGGAUCAUACAGACAGGUGUGAGUGUCUGGUGGAGCUUUUCCUGUUGUUCUACUUCCUGUUAGACUUUGUUUGGAACAUGGAGGGAGACUCUUGUCGUCAGGAUCCAGAAAGAUCAUGAAUGUUGUAUCUCUAUAUGGGCGCCAUCCUGCUUAUAUGUUUAAUGUUUUUUUUUUAAAUAAUAUUAUGGUUUGAUAUUUAUGCUCUGACUCUGUCAAAUUGCACAUUUGAAUUUUUUUCAUACAUUAUAUUUUAUUGCUUUUUUCCUGAUCCCAGUGUUCAUACCAUUUCUUUGAUACUUAUUUGUGUCGUCCUGUAAAUUAACACGUAAGAAACAAUUUGUUCAAAUGAGACUUGAGAGCUUUUCCACUGAAGCAGGCUUGACCAUGAGUCAGACUUCACAGACAUGAAUCAAAGUCACCAUGAAAGCUCCUCAGGUUAACUAUGUGACAAUAACAACAUGAUGAUUACAAAAAAUGUUCCAUUUACUCAUAGUAUGUAUUAAAUAUUACCUCAUCAUAUAUCAUGAACAAGAUUUCAAGAAGCAAUUAAUUCUCAAGACAGUCAUUAAUUAAUCAAUAAAGAAAUCAGAUUGUAAAACAAUUGACUUAAAGAAGCAAAACUCGAUAUAAAAUCAAAUGAUUCACAAAUAACUGCAUAAAUCAACACAUACAUUCAUUAAGAGAUACCCAAAGGAUUCCAAAAGAAUUAGCAUUUUGAUUUGCUAGUUUACAAAAGGAGCCAGUUAGCUUAGCACAAAGACUGGAAACAGAGGGAAACAAAUAGCCUGCCUGUGUCCAAAGCUGGUUAACAUAUUAGAUCAUGUUUGUGUAGAAAUGUGUUCAGUAACAGGCUGUGACUGUUUCUUUGCACAGAGCAAUGACUUCUUGGAGUCGUGUUGUCGCUGGGAGGUUGCCCGCACCCAGCGGCUGUGACGCACACAAAGAGAAAGAAUUCUAGUGAGACAGAGAUGUUAAUAACCCCGAGGAUGUGUGGACACACAUCGUUUUUAUUAAUUAGGGGACUGACCAGAUUUGUCCAUAAAGAAAACUCAGUGUCGUCAGAAUCAUUUGACAGUAUCCUACUGUUACUUUCAUGUAUACUUUCUUUAUGUUUGGCCUUAAUGCAAUUCAAAGAAAAGAAAAUCCUCUUUCAUUGUGACUUUGAGUCAUCAGUCUGUGAAGGCCAUGAAGUGUUGUGUCAUUGGAGGUUUGAUGUGGUCAGAGGGGGGCGGUGGAGUCCUGAAACCCGGACCACAGAGUCCGCAAAGAGAACCUCACCUUUGACACAAGUCUUGUCCUGACUCUGGACUGAGGAUCAGGCGCUCCAUAGCCUAGGAGCUCAGUUUUGGAGUCUCUCUCUAAUUUCGGUGGAGAAAAUUAGUUUUCUAGGAAAACUUCACUGCACCAGAGAUGUUUCGUCCCUUCUGGGUGCUUUUUUUGUGUGUUUGUUUUCAGAAGGGCUUUGGUUUGCAGUUGUCUCGUCAGGGAGCUCCUGAGAUUAGCCAGGGGUCACUAAAGGCUGGUGGGCAGAGACCCCUUAUCCUCCCCUGCAAUGAACGAUAAGGGGAGGGGGUCAUUUCCUCUUCUGCAGACUGAUCUUAUCAAAGCAAACAACGCAACCCGCCCUAGACGACAAAACCCCUCGUUCCAUAAUGUAGCUACACACGACCAGCUCAUCAUCCAACACUGCAAUGAUUUACAUCUCCCUCCAGACUUGCCAAAACGCAUGGAGAGAGACAUUUAACAAAAAGAAAAUGUUUAUCCCAAAACAUUUCUUCUUCUGUUUCCUUUUUCUUUUAAUUUUGAUAAUAACGACAGACAGUAAGAAGACUUUUUAGGAAAUCCAUACAAGUCCAAACAUGUAGAGGAUGUGGGAGGUAUAUGGCAUCCUGAGGUCCACAGCUACAUGCCAUUGUUAUGAUGCUUCUGGUCUUGUAUGGUAACUUAUUUGAUUAGAUCAACAGCAUGGGAUCUUUCUGUAGUUAGUCCUGUGUGUGUUCCUCUCCCCAGUCUUAGUAGGAAGGCUGUACUUCAUUGCUAAGUGCUCUAUAAUAGAUCUCUUGGUGAUUAUAAUUUCAUAAAGAAGCAAAACCUGCAGAAAGUGUAUCCUGCUGAAACUAACUUGAUCCUCUCCUUAGCAAUGACGUCUAUAUUUGUAGUUCACAUAUAUGCCUGUUCGAAUACAAUAUCUUGACAGUUGUUAUAUUUAUGUUGUGUAAUAAAUGUUGUGCUGGGUUUAUACUUUUGUUUUAUCUAACUUUUUGUUUUUACGUUGUAUUUUAUUUUUCAUGGAGGCACUGUGGGUGGCUUUAUGCACAGGCGUGGAAAUGUAACAGAUGAUUAUUUUUUUGGUUUGUACUGUAACAACUCGUUCUGUUUCAGAGCUUCUGACAGUUUGGUCUCUGGCUGCUCGACAUCCUGCGGACACCUGCCCUGAAUCUCUGUUGUGUUAUUGUGCCUCUCUCUUUUUCUUUCUUAUUUUUUAAAUCAUUCUUUCUCUGUUGUAUCAGCCGGGAGUUGAUGCUGCAGCUCUGCUUGUAACCACAACAAUAGUCUGAUUAUGUUUAUUGAUUUUAAUAUCAAAAUAAUAAAACCAUUAGCACCCCA